CCCCACGGACGCCCGACGCCCACACCCCGACGCCCCAAGCCCACGAACGCCCAAGCCCACGGACGCCAAGCCCCACGGAACGCCCCCCACGGACGCCCAAGCCCCACGGACGCCCAAGCCCCACGAACGCCCAAGCCCCACGAACGCCCAAGCCCCCACGGACGCCCAAGCCCAACGAACCCCAAGCCACGGACGCCCAAGCCCCACGGACGCCCAAGCCCAACGCCCAAGCCCACGACGCCCCAAACCCCAAACGGACGCCCACACCCCACGGACGCCCAAACCCCACGGCCCACACCCCACGGACGCCCAAGAACGCCCAAGCCCCACGGACGCCCAAGCCCCACGGACGCCCAAGCCCGAGCGGUGGCACUCCUAA